UAAAAGCUCUGGUUUGGCUGGAACUCUAUGUUUUAUUAGUUUGGCUGUCUCUGAGGUAGCAUUUGUGGUAAAAAAUGGGCUUGAUUAAAUUUAUUCUUUUGGUGUUUCUUUAUCACCAGUUGGUGUUUCAAGACAAUCUGUUGACUGGCCACAGUAACAUGGUUGACGCAUCUGGUACCUUGAGCCAGGACGCUCUAUCUGGUCCGGGCAACGGCACCCAGAGCCAGGACGCUCCGUCAGGUCCGGGCAACGGCACCCAGAGCCAGGACGCUCCGUCAGGUCCGGGCAACGGCACCCAGAGCCAGGACGCUCCGUCAGGUCCGGGCAACGGCACCCAGAGCCAGGACGCUCCGUCAGGUCCGGGCAACGGCACCCAGAGCCAGGACGCUCCGUCAGGUCCGGGCAACGGCACCCAGAGCCAGGACGCUCCGUCAGGUCCGGGCAACGGCACCCAGAGCCAGGACGCUCCGUCUGGUCGGCAGCGGCACCCAGAGCCAGGACGCUCCGUCUGGUCGAACAACGGCACCCAGAGCCAGGACGCUCCGUCUGGUCCGGGCAACGGCACCCAGAGCCAGGACGCUCCGUCUGGUCCGGGCAACGGCACCCAGAGCCAGGACGCUCCGUCUGGUCCGGGCAACGGCACCCAGAGCCAGGACGCUCCGUCUGGUCCGGGCAACGGCACCCAGAGCCAGGACGCUCCGUCUGGUCCGGGCAACGGCACCCAGAGCCAGGACGCUCCGUCUGGUCCGGGCAACGGCACCCAGAGCCUGGACGCUCCGUCUGGGGGCAACGGCACCCAGAGCCUGGACGCUCCGUCUGGUCCGGGCAACGGCACCCAGAGCCUGGACGCUCCGUCUGGUCCGGGCAACGGCACCCAGAGCCUGGACGCUCCGUCUGGUCCUCUGACUAGCACCUCGAGUCCUUCUGAUAAAUCUACUUCAAGCCCUGUCACUUUACCUGAUGGAAGACCACAGUUAACGUAAUAAAAAGAAACUAGAACAAA